GUGAGAUGUGCCUGCAUCUUGUGCCAAGUGUUUCGAAGUCUUUCUAGCGGGCACUUAUAAUCUUUAUAAACUGAUAGCAUAUAUCAUUGUCCUAAUUAUUGUACAUUUUUCACGAACGGUUUGACCUUUCUAAAUCAAACGGGUCGUUGAUAAGCCUCCUUUGAUCCGAAGAUAUGGAGGGAAAGGAGGAGAUAGAAAAAUCGAGUGAUUCUGAAAAGGAAAUGAAAAGCGACAAAGGAAAUAAACCGAAAGACGAAAAGGAAUGUACGGAUGAAAAUGAGAAGAGGCGAAGCAACGAGAGAAGUUCAGGGAGAGAUGAGGAAGUGAAGACAAAUGAAAUAGACAGAGGAUCUGACCCAAAUGAAUCAAGUUCGGACGCCGGGACCACCCAUCAGAAUGGCCGCAACGAACCUACGAAAGUUCAGAAUGGACCUCGUAUCACAGCCAGAGAGGAAUAUCCCCAGACCGUGCGAAGACCCCCGCGCAGGAAGGAUAAAGAUAGAAUGCAGGAAGCAAAGAUUUCACCGAAUAACAGCGCAACCGAAGCCAAGAAUAGGAAGGAAAAGGAAGCUCAAGCCGCGGCCACCUCGAACGCCGCUCCCAGCUUGCCCGACUCAUCCGAAACCUCGAAGCAACGGCUCGAGGCGGAAAAGAAUCCCUCGGGAAUCACACUCAAAAGGGAACUUGGCCUGCUGGACUGCGUAGGCCUCCUCGUGGGCAACAUGAUAGGCUCAGGGAUCUUCGUGUCGCCCCGGGGAGUCCUCCGAUACUCAGGGAGCGUGGGAAUGUCGCUUGUCAUCUGGGUCGCCUCUGGCUUCGCCUCCAUGGUCAGCGCGCUCUGCUACGCCGAACUGGGCACGAUGAUUCCGCAGAGCGGCGGCUCCUACACGUACCUGCACGAGGCGUUCGGCCCCGCGGUGGCGUUCCUGGACCUGUGGCUCAGCGUCACCAUCGGCAUCCCGUGCGGCCGCGCCAUCGGGGCCCUCACCUUCGCCAACUACGUCGUGCAGCCGUUCUUCCCGGCCUGCGCCCGCGUGCCGCAGGCCGCCGUCAAGCUGCUCGCCAUCGCGCUCAUCUUUUUUCUCACUUGGGUCAACUGCCGCCGAGUGCAAUGGGCCACCACAGUGCAAGACGCCCUGGCACUCACCAAGGUCCUGGCACUCAUCAUCAUCAUCGUCGGAGGCAUGCACCACCUGGCACGGGGCCACACGGAGAACUUCGAGAAUGUGAUGGAUGGCACUAAUUGGCACCCUGCCCUCAUUGCCACGACGUUUUACCAUACUCUGUGGGCGUAUGCAGGCUGGAAUGGCUUGAAUACGAUCAUAGAGGAACUGAAGGAUCCUUUUAAGAACAUGCCCCGAGCUAUCGCCAUCUCCCUGACGUGCGUGACGCUGAUAUACAUACUGACGAACGUUGCGUAUUUCGCUGUACUUACGCCGGAGGAGAUUCUGUCUUCGGAAGCAGUUGCCGUUUCCUUCGGGCAGCGCAUCCUGGGCGUGCUGGCGUGGUCCGUCCCUUUCUUCGUGGCGUGCUCGACCGGCGGCUCCAUGAACGGCAACAUCUUCGGGUCGUCGCGCGUGCUGUUCGUGGGGGCGCGGCGGGGGCACCUCCCCAGGGCCCUCGGCUUGGUGUCCGUCGAGAGCUGCACGCCCGUCACGUCGCUCGUCUUCAUGGCCGCCAUCUCGCUGGUCAUGUUCUCGACCUCUGACCUGCGCGCGCUCAUCAACUACACGGCCUUCGCGGGGAACCUGGUAGGCCUAGGCAUCAUCUCGGCGUUUUUCUGGUUCCGGAUCAAGCAGCCCGAUCGACCUAGGCCUAUCAAGAUCUGGAUCGGCUUCGCCAUCAUCGAGCUGCUCAUGUCCGUGUUCCUGGUGGUAGUCCCAGCCGUGAAGCAGCCCAUAGAAGUGGCCUUUGCUCUGGGCUUCGCUGCCACGGGCCUCCUGGUCUAUUACGUCACGCAACACAGGCGGGUCUCUUCGGCUACACUCGACAGGGCGAUGGAUAAAGUGACUUAUAUCUGUCAGAUGCUCUUUGUUGCUGUCCACGAAGAAGCGAAUUUGUCAACUUAAACCGAAGAACAACUGAUUCGAAAACAUUUUCUUCCUCCACGUUUAAAGAAAAUGGUGGUAGGAAGCCCAAGACAAAAACCUGGAGAUUCGGACACUUGUUUUCCAAAAAGAAAGAAGUGUAUUUUAAGUCGAAGACAAAAUUCAAUAUAUUUUACAGAUUUUACGCAAUGAGUGGAUUUUGAAUCCGGACGAUAGAUAGAAUUAUAUAUCUUAACAUGUGCUUAUCUAUCUAUCUAUCUAUCAGUUUAUCUAUAUAUCUAUAUAUAUAUAUUUAUACUUGGUUACUUACUUGAUGUAAGUUCACACACGCAUAUAUUAGUGGCUAUAUAUGCGUGUGUGUGUGUGUGUGUAUAUUUAUCAAUCUAUCUAUUUCUAUAUAAUAUUUGUUACUAGGUGUAAGUUUGAGCAGGAUCCCUAUUAGUGGCUCAUGCUAGGGCAUCCUGAGGGACCGCCCAUUUUCCAAUCACAGCUGAUUCAGUCAUUGGUCUUUCACUACCACUUGUUGGCAGUUAGUCUGGAACUGAAUUCAAACAAUUGUCUAUUUUUCCUUUAAACACUUCCACAGAAUUCUGCGUUGCGUUUCUAAUACUUUUUGGUACACUACUGAUCAGUCUUGGCACAUUGGUUAAGAAACUUUGACUUCAUUUUUUUUUUCUGAAUUGGGAAAUUUGAGAUUUUCCAGAACGAUACAGUUAUUCCCUGUUUGAGGGAAUGCCUUACCUUUCAGUAAUCUUCUAUACAUAUAAUGGAGUGCCUUAAUCUCCGUUACUUCAAUCUAAGGCAUGCAAUGUUGUCUAAUUUUCGGGUUAAAACUUUUUGAAUCUGGUCUAGCAUAGAUAUGUUAUGUCUUUUGUGUGAUUCUAUACUUCGCAAUGAUGCUCCAAUUUGGAAUCUCUUGUGUCUCCCAUAGAAGCGGCAGAUGUUCUAUAUUUCUUUUAUAAUGAGUUCUCAUUAACCGUUUACUCCCAACCUUUCCUUUGUUGUCUGCCUAUGUUAACUUUGGUGACUGAAGCUCAUAUCUUUACUCAUGAAUAGGCCGGGGUCUUUUACCACUACUUAAUCUCUAGUCCUUCAGCUGACUGUGAUCUUGGUCUUGGAAAGUCAUAUAGUUUUCAGCUGCCCGUUUACAAAAGGCCCUCUCUUAGUUUGCCUUCAUCUUAAACAAACUAAGCAUCAUCCUAGCAUCCUCAGCAAAAGACGUUGAUCUGGACUGUUUAAUAUCUGCAUUGAGUCCAUGAACUGAUCCUUGCGGUACUCCACUUCUAACGAUAUGUGAUAUCCAUUAAUAAUUAUGUAUAAUUAUGUAUAAUGUAUCCACAUUCCCACUUUUCCUUUGAUUCCAAGGUCCUUUGUCGUGUGGAGUAGAAUUCCUUGGUCAAGUUUGUGUUUCUGUAUAUGUAUAUAUAAAUAUAUAUAUAUAUAUAUAUAUAUAUAUAUAAAUCAAAUACAGCUUUAUAUAUAAUCAUGAUAUACUGAGCGUUGCGUGUGUGCACAACCCGUGCAGGUACGUGGAUGUAUGUAUGUGAAGGUAUAUAUAUGAGUGUGUACAUUCGUGUGUCCGCACGUGAGUGAGAGCGAAUUAAUUUCGCUGUAUACGCAGAAAAUUAUAUCCGUUUUAUGCAACAAUUUCUGGACGUACACUGUGUGCAUGAAUAUGUGUACGUGCAAGUUGUAUGUGUAGUUGUUCCUAAAUAUUUCCCUGUAGAAGUAUGUGUGUGUUUGCGUUCAAAUAACUGAUUAAAAGUUGCAAUAUAUGAUUUUGUUUAUUUAUAAUGUUGUUCAGUUCUAAGUGUUUAAACUAUGUAUUGUAAAAAUCUUCUGUAUACUUUAGUUUCCGCAAUACAUUCGUUGGCCUGA